ACUUUCGGGAUCAAGCUUCCCAAAGUGUUGGGAUUAUAGGCAUGAGGCACCGUACUGGCCAGCAAAUCCUGUUUUCUAGACUACAUCUGGAGUUUGAUCAUUUCCAUCAAUCCUGUCACUCCCACUUUGAUUAUUUUGGUAAUGUCCUAAGUGACCUACUUGUGUCUGCCCUCAUCCCUCUAUUCAUCCCAGCCUCCAGGGUGAUCCUUUGAACACACUGUCAGCUGAUGUCACUCCUCUCUCAAAAACCUGGACUAGCUCCCAUUUGACUCAGUUGAAAGCCUGAACUCUUCCUGGGGCUUUUCCAGGGGCCCACCGACCCUGCAUGGCUUGGCCUUACUCACCUCUCUGACCUCUGCCUCCUGCUUUCCUCUUCAGCUAUCCCUUUCAGUCGUGCUGGCCUCUUUGCUGGUCUUUCAGUACAUGGAGGCCCUCCCUGCCUCAGGGCCUUUGCACUGCUGUUUCUGCUUUCUGGAGGGAAUGCUCUUCUCUUAGAUAUCCCCUUAGUGGGCCCCUUGUCUCCUUCAUGGCAAGGCUUAGAUGUCUUUCUAGACAGUGACUUUUCUGGUCCUCCUACUUAAAAUCACCCCUGCAACCCUGUGCCACAGUACUCACUGUCCGUUUUCUGGCUUACGUGUUCUUUUUGUGGUUUUUGUUGUCAAAUGAUCCUUUAUAGAAAUGUUUUCCUUUGUGCUCCUUAACUAGCUGGGCAUUCCGCUGCACCAUUGUUGAUGUCACCUAUGAUGUCAUGAGUGUGGCAGCCAUCAAGAUUCAGCCCACAGACUGGGAAGUCCCCAGGAUCUCUUUAAUGGUUCCAGAGAGUUCUCUGGCUAAAGAUUGGUGCUGCAUCUGUUGAGCAAUGUUGACAACCUAAUCAAAAGUGAUAUUUCCACUGUGUUUAACGUUAUCCUGUUUCUUUCUGUCUCUUGGUGGUUCCUUGAAGGCUUCGAUGAUCUGGGCAGAAGCAGAAGGUACCACCUCAAUCUGGGCCUGUCUGUUCUGAAUGCAAAGUGAGUUGAAUUCCUUCUUGUGGACCAUUAAGCGAGACCCGCCAUCUUACUUCUUUGGCACGAUCCAUGUCCCAUACACCCGAGUUUGGGACUUCAUCCCCGACAACUCUAAGGAGGCUUUCCUGCAGAGCAGCACUGUGUACUUUGAGUUGGACCUCACAGACCCCUAUACGAUCUCAGCUCUCACCAGCUGUCAGAUGCUGCCACAGGGCAAGAACCUCCAAGAUGUGCUCCCCAAGGACAUCUACUGCCGCCUCAAGCGCCACCUGGAGUAUGUCAAGCUCAUGAUGCCCUCGUGGAUGACCCCAGACCAGCGUGGCAAGGGACUCUACGCAGACUACCUCUUCAAUGCCAUUGCCGGAAACUGGGAGCGCAAGAGGCCUGUCUGGGUGAUGCUUAUGGUCAACUCCCUUACUGAAGUGGACAUUAAGUCCCGUGGGGUGCCUGUCUUAGACCUGUUCCUUGCCCAGGAGGCUGAGCGGCUGAGGAAACAGACGGGGGCAGUGGAAAAGGUGGAAGAGCAGUGCCAUCCAUUGAAUGGGUUGAACUUUUCACAGGUCAUCUUUGCUUUGAACCAGACCCUCCUGCAGCAGGAGAGCCUGCGAGCGGGCAGUCUUCAGAUCCCCUACACGACGGAGGAUCUCAUCAAACACUAUAACUGCGGGGACCUCAGCUCCGUCAUCCUCAGCCAUGACAGCUCCCAGGCGGAGGUCCCCAAUUUUAUUAAUGCCACGCUACCGCCUCAGGAGCUCAUCACUGCUCAGGAGAUUGACAGCUACUUACGCCGGGAGCUGAUCUAUAAGCGGAAUGAGAGAAUAGGGAAGCGGGUGAAGGCCCUUUUGGAGGAGUUCCCUGACAAAGGCUUCUUCUUUGCCUUUGGAGCUGGUCAUUUCAUGGGCAACAACACAGUGCUGGAUGUUUUGCGGCGUGAAGGCUAUGAGGUAGAACACGCCCCUGCUGGACGACCCAUCCACAAAGGGAAGAGUAAAAAGACCUCCACACAGCCCACCCCGUCCACCAUCUUUGCUCCAAAAGUGCCUACCCAGGAAGUACCGACACCGGAAGCCAUAUCCUCGGUGCACUCAACGCUGCCGCCCCUUGUGUCCCGGCCUGGAAGUGCCCACCCUCCCAGUGGCGCCGAGCAGAAGUUCCGGAAGAAGCGGAGGCGGCCACGGCGGAGGCAGCGACUCCGGCAGUUCAGCGAUCUGUGGGUCCGCCUGGAGGAGAGUGACAUGGUCCCGCAACUCCAGGUCCGUGUCCUGGACAGGCACAUCUCCACUGAGCUGCAGUUCCCUCGCCAUGGGCAUUCCCACCACAGCCAGAUGGUGGCCAGCAGUGCCUGCCUGUCUCUCUGGACUCCUGUGUUCUGGGUGCUGGUGCUGGCUUUCCAAACAGAGACACCUCUCCUGUAACGACCGGAAGUACCAGGCUAAGACCCUGACCCCUUGGACUUGAAGGAUGGCCAUUCCUGUACUCCACAUUCUGGUCUAGCCUUGUUGGGCCCAAUCCAACACUGAAAAAGAAGCCCAGUGUUGAUUCUUCUCUUUCCAAGGAAUGAGACUUUGGGUUAUCCAACUUUGGGGGGAGGUGUACAGUUUUGUAACAUAAUGAGUUGUGUGAAAAUAAAUUAUAAAUGAGUUGUAUGAAAAUAAAACCUUUUUUUG